AUGCCCGAAAAGAUCAAGGGGAAAGCGAAGGCGGGUGCUAAAUUAGACAGUUUGCAAAAGAGGGUCCUGAAUAAAAGUUCUGAAACAAAGAAUGCUCUUACAAAUCAAAUAGCUCCCGCAAAUCCAACAUCUUCCGCCAAUCAAUUGCAGCGUGCAAGUCCAGUAAUUGCUGGCAGCGCAAAUAGUUCAGCCAACUCCGCGAAUUUUCAGAAUGCAAGUCACGUCUUUUUAGAUCCAAAUCCUCCUAAACUUUCAUUGCCGACAUUUUUAGGCAGCUUUGACACAUGGCUCUGGUUUAAAGACAUAUUUGAUUCAAUUAUACAUAAAAAUGUACAAGUACCCAACAUUUUCAAAUUUCACUAUUUGAAGUCAUGUGUCAUGGACGAAGCAGCAGAAGUAAUCGCUUCAAUCGAAUCAUCAAGCGACAAUUACAAGGUUGGCUGGAGACUGACUGUUCAGUGGAUCGCAGGAAACCUUGCUUGCAAAGUCUUUUUAUUUCUAAGAGCUUUCGGUCUCUAUUUGUCAAGCAACAUACUUAUAUGCGUCUCCUUAGAUAGGUACUUUGCAGUUUUACAUCCCCUAAAGUUGAGUGAUGCCAGGCGACGAGGAAAACUAAUGUUAUCCGUUGCUUGGAUUUUGAGUAUCAUUUGCGCAAGUCCUCAAAGCUUCAUAUUUCACGUAGCGAGCCCACCAAUCUACCCAAAUUUCACGCAGUGUGUGACAUUUGGCUUCUUCAAGUCAUCAGUAGAUGAAAACGCCUACAAUAUUUUUUGUGUUUUGGCAAUGUACUUCAUACCACUCGUAAUUAUUUGUUGGGUUUAUACAAAAAUCCUUUGUGAAAUCACUAACAAAUCCCGCGAAAGUAAACAAGCAUUCACAAGAACAUACAGUACUGGGACUCCAGGGAGUUUCAACAGUGAUAGUGAAAAUCGCAUGCGAUUGAGAUGCUCGAACAUGAGUCGAAUUGAAAGGGCUCGAAUACGUACAUUGCGAAUGACUAUAACUAUAGUGGCCGUUUUCAUCCUAUGUUGGACACCGUACGUGACCAUGAUGCUGUGGUACAUAGUUGAUCGACAAAGUGCACAGCAAGUUGAUCAGGAAUAUCAAGAGGCGUUGUUUAUAAUGGCCGUGGGAAAUUCUUGUGCAAACCCACUCGUUUAUGGUAGUUAUGCAGUAGAUCUGAAGAAAGAGUGCUGCAGAUGUUUCUUCCCCUGUUCGAAAAAAACGACAAAUGACAUGAACUACAUACCCCGUAUUACAGUUUAUUCGGAGCCACAGGAACAAGUGAAUAAGCAUGAUGACAAGCUCACGUCGAGCAGCAGUGGGGCACCGAUGCCUACUGAAGCCGAACGGACGAAUCUGCUUAUUUCGUGCGAUCAGAUAUUGAACACAGUACCGUAUGACACGCGAACAUAUAUCGCGAUUUUAUUGGAGCGAUGUUAA